GAAGAUGUAGUAUUUCUUAGUUCACUCGAAGCUCAGGAAGAGCCAGAUGGGAAGCUUGAGCUUGGGAGUGGAGGUGAACCGUGCAGGGAAGGCCUAGACCAAUACACGACUGUUAGUGGGUAAUUGUGAAGAUACCAUUAUUGGUCAGAUAAGGUGAGGUCGUUGCCUGGAGGCAUAGUCCUGAGCCGUCAGCUGGUGGCCCAAGUAGUAGUUGGGCUGUUGCUUGGGGGGGAAGAAGAUGUGGGAGGUGGAGGGGGAGGGGGAAAUUGAGGCCCAAGCGGUGUGAUGGAAAAUGGAGCAAACAGGGAAAAAGGGGAAUUCAAAGCACAAGGCGAAACGAAGAGGCCUCGGAAUCCCAGUUGGAAACUACACGAGAAGGGCGAGAACCGGCACCCAUCAGAUCUGACAGAUCGCACCCGGUCGGCAUGGAAGUCCCGGGUGAAUCAGGUGUGGCUCGGGUCCAAGCUCUGCCCAAGAAGGUUGUUUCAUGGAAAGAUGAGAACCAACCAGAGGCCACGGCCGGAAAAGACACGCAGAAAGGGAGGGGGGAAAAAAGAGGAAAAAGAAAAAAAAGUGAGCGAUCGUGCAACUUUUGAGCUGGGAAUUGUGGCUGCAGCAACAGAGCAGCAACAAGCAGCAGGCUUACCUUACUCCAUAGUUGGUUCCGAGCCAGCACCAAACCCACCUGGACUGAAUCGUUGACUGACUGGGUUUGGCCAGAAAGACAUCGGCAGGCUGACUCGGGUGCCGGGGACCCUCUCCCGAUUGCCGAUUGAGCUCAGAACCGAGUAU